GACGUGCGUGCGGGCGCCUCAGGAAGGAAGCCCCAGCGGCUGACCAUGGCGGCCACCGCCGAGCAGUGGGUGCUGGUGGAGAUGGUCCAGGCGCUCUACGAGGCUCCUGCUUACCAUCUAAUUUUGGAAGGAAUUCUAAUACUCUGGAUAAUAAGGCUUCUUUUUUCUAAAACUUACAAAUUACAAGAACGAUCUGACCUUACCCCCAAGGAAAAGGAAGAAUUAAUUGAAGAGUGGCAGCCGGAACCUCUCGUUGUACCUGUCUCCAAAGACCAUCCUGCCCUCAACUACAAUAUCGUUUCCGGGCCUCCAAGUCACAAUAUUGUGGUGAAUGGAAAAAAGUGUGUGAACUUUGCCUCAUUUAAUUUUCUUGGAUUGUUGGAUAACCCUAGGGUCAAGGCAGCUGCUUUGGCAUCUCUAAAGAAGUAUGGCGUGGGGACGUGCGGACCUAGAGGAUUCUAUGGCACAUUUGAUGUGCACUUGGAUUUGGAGGACCGCCUCGCCAAAUUCAUGAAGACAGAAGAAGCCAUCAUCUACUCAUAUGGAUUCGCCACCAUCGCCAGUGCUAUUCCCGCCUACUCCAAGAGAGGGGACAUUGUGUUUGUGGAUAGAGCUGCCUGCUUUGCCAUUCAGAAAGGAUUACAGGCAUCUCGGAGUGACAUUAAGUUAUUUAAGCAUAAUGAUAUGGCUGACCUGGAGCGACUACUAAAAGAACAAGAGAUCGAAGAUCAAAAGAAUCCUCGCAAGGCUCGUGUGACUCGACGUUUCAUUGUAGUAGAAGGGCUGUACAUGAAUACUGGAAUGGUUUGUCCUCUUCCAGAACUGGUUAAGUUAAAGUACAAGUACAAAGCAAGGAUCUUCCUGGAGGAAAGCCUUUCGUUUGGAGUCCUGGGAGAGCACGGCCGUGGUGUCACAGAACACUUUGGUAUCAAUAUUGAUGAUAUUGAUCUUAUCAGUGCCAACAUGGAGAAUUCACUUGCUUCCAUUGGGGGUUUCUGCUGUGGAAGGUCUUUUGUAAUCGAUCAUCAGCGGCUCUCCGGCCAGGGAUACUGCUUUUCCGCUUCACUGCCCCCACUGCUCGCUGCCGCUGCCAUGGAGGCCCUCAACAUCAUGGAAGAGAACCCCGGUAUUUUUGCAUUGUUGAAGGACAAAUGCAAACAAAUUCACAAAGCUUUGCAGGGAGUUUCCGGAUUGAAGGUGGUGGGAGAGCCAUUCUCGCCUGCUUUUCACCUGCAGCUGCAGGAGAGCACGGGGUCUCGGGAGAAGGAUGUCCAGCUCCUGCAGGAGAUUGUCAGUCAGUGCAUGAACAGAAACCUCGCCCUGACGCAGGCCCGCUACUUGGAGAAAGAAGAGAAGUGCCUCCCACCACCCAGCAUUAGAGUUGUGGUCACAGUGGAGCAGACCGAGGAGGAGCUGGAGACUGCGGCGGCCACCAUCAAGGAGGUGGCCCAGGCAGUGCUGCUUUAGUGGUGUCUCGGGCUGGUGGCCGCCCUGGACAACUCAGACUCUGCUCGGUGUCGCUAUGGAGCAGCAUGUGAAGGCUCUGGGAGUCUGGGCAGCCACAGAGGCAGGAACUUGGACUCUGCGGGACCUAGAAGAUGGUCGUUUCCAAGAAUUGAAAACGGACCUGAAGGCCCAGGACCUGAUUUCUUGAAGAGGAAAACUGAUGUGUGCACAAAACCAAAAUGUAAAUUGUGCUAUUUAGUACUAUUUAAACGUUUCAUUGUACUAGUGUUUCGUAUUGGAUGAUGAUGUUGUUUAACAAUGGAGCUUCCGUUUAUCUCCUAAUGGUGAAGAUGCUACAAGCAGCCCUUAGGGUUUAAUAGGAAAAUGUCUUUGCAGCAUCAAAGCUAAGAGGAACACUUGAACAGACAUCGGAAAAUGUAUAAAUUCCAAAUAUCUUGAAGGUCUAAUUCAAUCACUUUAGUCACAUAUUUUCAGUCUUUAUUACGUGAAGCUCGGUAUCUAAUACAGAAUACUUUUUGUGUGAUUAUUAUAAAUUUUCAUUAUAAUAUAUUUGAAUUCUAUGAGAUAUAGGAUUUUUGUGUGCUCUAAAUAUUGCUGUUGUACCAUUUCUAACAGCUGAGGUCUUAGCAUCCCUAACUGGAGACUGCUUCCUAAGUGAGCAAUAAUUUAAAUCAGAUGCUAUUUUAUUUUAAUAUAAAUGACCAUGACAUUUUAUUAUGUAUUGACUUCUAAUCUGUUUCAGGAAGAGGGAUAUUGUGGGAUGAUCUUAAAAUAUAACUAUGUCUGUGAUAUUUUAGAACAUCUUGAAUGUAUACCUAUUUUGGAUAGUGGGUUUGCCAAGGGGCAUAAAUAUAUAUAUAUUUAUAUAUAUAUAUGUAUAUAUGUGUGUGUGCAUAUCUAUAUGUAUAUGCACAUAUAGGGCUUUUUCUAAAUAAAGAAAAUGAGUUUUUUUUUCCUUUCCAGCUUAUAAAUCCCAAAUACCUAAAAAGAUGUGAAAGACUGAAACAGAACAUUUUUCAGCUGCGCUUUAGCUAUCUGGUUUUUCAUUAGCAGACCCAGUUGGGCACACAUGAUUGUGACUUGUGCCAUAAGAUUGUGCAGAUAUGUCACACCAUUUUUCCUUAUUAAAGGUAAAUAAAAUUGUUUUAAAAAUAAAUUAUGUUAUUUUAUAAUCUAUUAUAUUAACAAAUGGUCUUCAACAUCUUUUGUAAAAUUUUUUAAUGUCUGGUUUCUAUUUUGCCUGAGGUGUUUCCUACACAGUGCCUUGUGAUCACGCUUUCAGGACGGGACAGUAUGCUCUGGGGGCGGGGGUGAAUCUUUGUUUUUUUAAUGAAAUAAACCUACAUUCCUGAUAACCAGUCUGUUUGCAUAAACU